AUGACUGGUGAGGAAAAGUGUACACCUCCUUCGCUUCACGCUGCUGCCUCUAGCUCUCAUCGUCUGGACAUGAGCUCGCAGCAUCGCCGCUCUUCCCAGUCUGAUGGUCGCGAUGCAGUCCCUCUUGAAACGCCACCGCAGCAGCAUCUUCACCCCAGAAGUAGUCCUGCCGCCGCGUCCGUAGACAGCUUCUCCUCCUACAUCAACAAAGACGCAGCCUUGUUUCAGAAUCGCUCCAGCUCGCCACGUGCCGAAGAUCGCAGCGAUCCAGCCUCUCAUGCUGCAAGUCCGCGUCACAUCGUCACCACCCCUCUCGUCUCGCGCGACGCUUUCAGACAUCAGCACUGGACAGAUCACGAUCACCACCUUCCGCCACGACCAUCCCACGGUCUUAUAUCCAUUGAGCAUCUCCACAGCACCAACACCACCACCCAGCUACCGCCUCCCUCGCACGCCAGUUACGCUCCCCCCAACAAUGACCGUGAACAGGUAGAAGUCAGUCAAAGCAACAAGCUCCAAGCUCAGCCUAUCACUGCAUCGCAAAGUCCCGCCAUCGACGUCAAUCGUCUGUCAGUCUCCAACCUGGCGCAGAAGAACCAGGAGGAUGAUGCAGUAGACCCUUCCUACCGUAAUGCGCAGAUGCGAGCGGCAGCUUCGAUGAUCGGCGACGACUCUUUCGAGAGCACCGCUAGUGUCCUCGGUGAAGACGCAAAGAAUGAGAUCCGUAGAAGAAGGCGCACGCGUCCUGAUGAAGCCAACCUGCUAGCUGAGGUCUAUGCAAAGAACCCUUUCCCCGAUCAUGAGGCUCGUCUUUUCCUUGCCAAUCGCGUUGGCAUGUCUGUCAGAGCUGUAUCGGUGUGGUUCCAGAACAGAAGACAAGCCGAGAAGAAGAGGUCGAAUCGCUAUGGCGGCUCGGGCAUCGCUCCUGGCGCCACACCAGCUCCCCAAGAGUCUCCGGCACGACCAUCUGCUGCUGCAUUUGCACCCGCACCCGCACCCGCACCCGCACCCGCACCCGCACCUGUACCUGCACCUGUACCUGCACCUGUGCAGCGCAAACCCUUGGGUAAUGCUAGUGCUAACGCGGCCGCUCCUACCAAAACCUUCGACCCAUCAGUGUUGAAAGACUUGAGCCAGAACAACAAGGAAAACAUUCCACCCUGGCUCCUGGCUGGCCGCGAGACCACCGAGGCUUCUCCGCUCAAACGCUCAUUCGAGAAGAUCAAGCGCGACGUUCCCCUUGCUGCUAGUUUGACCAAGCAACAAGAAGCUAUCGCUCGCGAUCUGCGUCAGGCAGUCGGGCCCGAAGGUGUUGGUAUCACUGCUCAUCGCGUCGAGGUCGACACUGUCCCUCUUCCUAUCCAGGCGGCUGCUUCCAGCUCCAAGUCGUCAGCAUUGUCGCGUCAUAGUUCAGUCCCCCGCCUGUCCCUAGACGAUGUGCUCAGUGGACGCAGCAACAUGCUCCGCCGUUCUGCUACUGAUCACAACGCUCCUCUGGCCAAGCCCGCUUCAAGCGAAAUUGAGCAAGAGCAGCUCGAUACCAUCUUGCCUCCACCCAAGCUUCUCUCUCGUGCCUCUAGCUCAUCGAGCCUUAGCCUCUUGACCACAUCUGGUGGUCGAGCUAGCCUUGGCAACUUUGAACUGCGCAAAGAAGCCUCGCCCGCCCCACAGCCCAAACAAGGUACCGCUUCGGCCUCCUUGACUUCCAGUCUCCCUCCCAAGCUCACUGUUGCACUUCAGCGCCAGGGCAUCAUCGGCAUGCAACCCACCAAAGACACUCUCAGCGUUGUCCGAGGCAAAGGUCUGCUCCAGAUGAUGCCCAGCAGCAGUGCAUCCAGCAGCGAUGCUGACUAUCCACCACACAACGCCCGCCAAGACAGCGAAGAAGAUGAGGAACGCACAUUAAAACUUAUCGCUCAGCGACGUGCUGCUAAAGCACAAGCAUCCGCUCUUGCCAAAGCUCAGGCUGCGCGCGAGAAGGCAGCUGCAUCAUCUGUGGAUACCCGGGUGAUUGUCCCCAUGGACCCUGGAUGCGCUGAUGCCAGACAAGCCAUCCAAACGCAAGCUGGAUCCUGCAACUCUUCUCUUAUUGCUCAUGGCUCCCUGGGUAGCAUCUCCAAGAAGAGCGGUGCGACGGUAGUUGGUUUGCCUUCAGCCAGACAACUCAGCUUAGAUUGGGCAGCAGGCAGAGAUCGAGCUUCGACUUCGGCUUUGCCCAUCAGCAUUGGUGGUACGCCUUUAUCACGCAGCGUCAGUGCUCGGCAGUUGAGCUUGCAGAGGAUGCCUAGCGAGUCUACUCCUCCUCGCAAGCAACAACAACAACAACAACAACAACAACAACAACAACAGCUCGGUCGCAGUGCUCCCACAAACGGAGAGAAGAAGAGCAAGGCUGCUACCGGAAGACGCUCGUUAUCAGCCACAGACCUCACUCGACGUCUACAUGAAGCCAAAAGAAAGGACGAUGCAGUCAAACCCACCACUACCGGUGGUCGAAAGCGUCCAGCCUCUGCUAUACAGGUCACUGACGAGAACCGACCUCCGCCUUCCUCUGCUGCUGCAAAGAAGAUCGCUACCGCCGCUCCAGCUCCCAAACGCAGAAAAGCACAGCUGGAAGACGUUGCAACCUCGUUCAGCGUUCCUGAAACUCGGCCCGCAUCUUUCGGCAGUGGGAUGCCAACCCCCAUGCUUUCCUCUCGUCCAUUCACUCACCAUUCCUCCUUCCUUUCCUCCACAACUCGUCCUAUGGGUCCAACAAUGAUCGUUCCCUCCACCCCUUCCUCCAACACCCCUGCUUUCACCAUCCCACUGAGCACCCGAUCCGAUCGAUUCCGAGCAAUCGGAACGUCGCCCGCCACCACCAUAACCCUCGGCCGAUCCAUCUCAGCCAACUACCCCCGUCAUCCCUCCCUCCCUUCUCGCCAAACAAACCGUCCUUGGGAAUCCUCCCACACUCGCACUUACUCUGGUGAAGAAAGUUGGACUCCCCGUUCCACCCAUCCCCUUGGUAGCGGAAUGGAAUCCCUCUCUCAACCCUUACCUUCUCUCACCGCAUCCACUCCCUCUAGAGUGCUCGGGGAUAGGAGCAACUUUGGUUCUUGCACCCCACUCAUCUCUCGUGAAACCGGGGAAAGGUUCGGACAUGAUGAUUCAGGGUUCUUCGAGGCGUUCAGUGACGACGACGACGAGAAUAGGAGAGGAGAGAUGUUGGUGAAAGGCAAGAAAGUCGUUUCGCCGAGAAAAGCGAGUUUGAGAUCGAUGGCAAGACCAGUUGCGGAGGGGGACGAUCAUCAAGCAGCAGAAUUGCUUUUGGGUUUGGGUAAAACUGUUGAUUCUAGAGACAGCUCGAGUAGUCAGUAA